AUGGGGGCUUCUUACGCACAGUGGCCAGAAAAAUUACUAGGGACGGACUUCACUGCCGUCGAAUAUUGGGCCAAACUGGGUCAGUUGGCAAGUGGACUGGCCGCAGCGAAGGCCACAGUAACCCCACGGAAACCUACCUCUGUUAUCUUCAGUCAUGGUCAACACUACUCCAAAAGCCAACUAGUCAACCUUUCCUUGAAUCCGCCGACUUGGGACGACAGUAUGAGCACAGACCCUUCCCCGCGAUCCAUCCUCUCAUCACCCUCUCUGUGCCCAAGCUCCUCCACCCAAUCCCCUCCGCCUGCGCCUUCGUCAGAACCAAUAAGUCCUAUUAGACUCAGCAAGGAUUCAUCUGCUGCUUCCACGGCCUCCUGUCCGGACAAGACGUCAUCAGACACCGAGACGAAAGACUUCUGGGCCAGCGAAGAGUUAGCUGUGCUGAAAGCACGCACCCAAGCUCUUCUAGGCGUAAGGCCAGAGCGGCAACAGCAUGAAACUAAUCAAACUCCCGCUCCCACCAGACCCCAAGGCAGCUCCCACAAUUUCCCACCCAUUCCUCGCCAUCCUUUCAACUACAAUACGCCUGCAGAUGCAGUCGACGUGACAGCAAUGCUUGACAACUUUAUCCAUAACAUGCACAGACUCUGGCAUGAGAGGCUUUCUCUGUCCCUAACACCGCCUACACACCCUCAGCUUCAGCCCCUCACGGAGACGAAAGAGGAAAUAGAAGUGAGCCGUCCUCCUCAUCUGACCUCGGUUCUUUAUAAUGGGUCACAGCAACAGCAACAGCAUCAGAGUCCACUUUUUUCGCAGAAUUCGCUAACUGAACUGAAUGAUCGACUAAAAAAAUCCGAAACUGGCGACCUCACCAGCUCGCAUGGCGCUGGCGUC